AGCCAGCGUUAUUUCUGAGUCAGUCUAUCGUCGUUGCUAGUGGCGGUGUGCUGAGUUUCCUACGUUCUACCUUCUUGCAGUUCCUCUGUCACAGUAGUGUCAAUCGUGUCAAUUGGCGAACCGCGGCCGAUAACUUCAAUUUCAGUUGAAAUCAUUCUCGUAUCGCGUUCUUCCGCUGAUAUCAAACAACUCGUCGCAUCGCGGAAGAUAGUAUCACGUAAUGACAAUCACUGGCUGAAGAUAAAUCGUUUUCGAAAACUCCAGUGGGAAAAUCGUCAUGGACCUUAUACCAGAAGAUAAAGUAAAUGGAGCCGAUAAUGGUGUUUGCGAAAAAGAUGCCUUCAACAAUGUCAAUGUCGUUGUUACACGUAUAUCAUAUCUUUCAAAAAUGGCUGCAGUGGACAUCGAAUUCAAUGACGUGACAUAUUCAGUACCGAUUCCUCGAGAAUCAAAGACGAUUCUAAGGGGACUCAGCGGGCAAUUCAAGUCGGGCGAGCUGACAGCGAUUCUAGGUCCUUCCGGUGCUGGGAAAUCGACAUUACUCGACAUUCUUGCAGGAUACAAGUUAUUAUUUUGUAACAUCGUAAAAUCUAAACGUCGAAUUGACUAGUCUUAUUAUCUUCUUUGCGUUGUUAGUUGUUAGUCAAUUAA